AUGGACCGGCUCACUGCGUUCGUGUCCUGGCCCUCUGCACCCCUCACCCGCUCCCUCGUCCUCGCCGCCCUCGCCGCUCUCGACCCUCCGCCGUUCCCCGUCCCUGCCCUCACCGCCGAUCUCAAGGCAUCCCCGCACAGUCUCCUCCAAUGGUCCACGUACGAUGCCAUCGACCACGACCUUACCCAUUCCGCCCCGUCCGGCUCACGCGUGCUCUCUUCCUCCUACAUCAUCCGCAAGGCUCUCAUCCGGAAGCACUACCUUUCCCGCUGCAUACAUAACUAUCUCACAAAACACCCCGAAUCUAUCCUCAAGCGCGCCGUGCCGAAGACCUGGGACAUAGAUAUCAGUUUUGCGGACGAGCUCGAUGAGUUGUGGAGCGACGAUUUGUAUGAUCUCGCCCAAGAACUAGACCAGGGAGACCCGAACAAGUGGUGGAUCCUGAAGCCCGGGAUGGCAGACAGAGGUAUGGGGAUCAGACUAUUCCACUCAAAAGAAGAUCUCGCCACUAUCCUGGAGGGUUUUGAGGCAGACGAUUCAGAUCAGGACGUUGAUGUUGAAGACCAGAAUGCUGAUACGUCUAUUAUAACGUCUCAGCUGCGGCAUUUCGUGAUCCAGGAAUAUAUAUCCACGCCACUGCUACUAGAUCCUAGAGAAAUCCCCAUUGGGGGAGAGCUCAAAUUGUCACUAGAAGAUCUGCGCGGUCACAAAUUCCAUCUGCGCGUAUAUUGUGUCGCUUCUGGGGCUCUCAGAGUGUACAUGUACACCCGCAUAUUGUCGCUAUUCUCGGCGAUGUCAUACUCUCCGCCCGUCGUCUCUACUGACAAGUCUUCACAAGCAUCAAUCAAUAAGAAUCUGGCACGGCAUCUAACCAACACAUCUUUGCAGACAGAGCGCGGAGAGACAGGCGUUCGGCUCCUCGAAGAACUGGUUGAGUGCCAUGUCCUCCCUCCUUCGCCACAUGUUGGAGCGGUGCGACCUGGAGAGGCUCAUCCCAGAGCACACCAGCAGAGGGCACCGCGAGUCGUGGGUCAAGUGAUGGACAUUGAACAGCUUCGUGCUAGCCAACACGAGCAACUUAGGAAAGCGCAAGACCCCAGACAGGCGGACCUCCCGAAAGUACUGACGGCUGAGGAUGUAGCGGAUAUAAAAUCUCAAAUCGCGGACGUUCUCGCUGAGACAUUCUACGCUGCAUUGGACAUGAGCGUACAUUUUCAGCCUCUGCCAAACGCAUUCGAACUUUACGGUGUUGACUUUCUCGUCAGCUCGAGCCAGUCUACUCCUUCCCGCAAAUAUCAGGUUCAUUUGCUAGAGGUCAAUUCUGAGCCUGCCAUUGAGUUGACGGGUCCACGGUUGACAUGGAUCUUGGAGGAUCUGUUCAAAGCGAUCGGGAAAGUUUGUGUGGCUCCCUUUUUCGGUGCCUCCGAGGAGAGCAAUUGGUCUGUUGGCGAGACGCGAGAAGGGCUAUGGAAGUGCUUGGAUUUGAAAUACUCACCCCCGCACCUUGUCUAUAUGGCGUCCAACACAUCAAGUGUUGUCUUCGAUGAUAUUUUUACGAUCAAUGCCAUCGACAAGGAGGGUAAAAAAUUUGACAGAGUCUCGCGCCUAUAUGCGCACUCAAAAAACUACGACAUGGAUCUGACGCUUGAUUAUAAUAUCGAGCUCUAUCCACUACAAAAAGACCAGUCGUUCGCACUUGCGCUUGCUACGUCCUUGGCGCGCGGUCCGCCAGGGACGACGGAUGAAGACGACAAGGAUAGAGAUGUGUGGCGGCCAGACGGGAAAGGGAGGAGGGGCCUAGAGGAGGACUAUGAUCCUUCUGUCCUGGAUGUUGCUUUGCGGCGGAUUGAUUACUUCGUCGUCCUUGUAAAGGUGUAUCGAUUUGAUGGAGGUACAGCAGAGAUCGUCACAGCGUAUGCCUCUUUUGGCGGCCUACUCAUGUCGCUGACGGGCUCUUUCCGACAUAUGACUAGCAUUGUUCUUGGAGACCCGAUAUACAUUCUACUGCGGAAGUAA